AUGCCUAGAAACCUCAAUAAAGUGCAGAAGCAGAUCUCCAAGAAGAGGGGGAAGCUUGAUGCACUGCAUGAGAACAGUCGGGAUGCAAAGCGCCUGCGAAGAGCCGGGGGAAGAGAGGAUAAAUUGGCCAAGGCUGCGGCGGCGACGAUGCGGGGGAGGCAGACCUUCGUGGACAGAAUCCGUUUCUUCCAGGAAAGCAUAACAGAUCCACCCGCUCCCUUCUCGGAUGAGGAUAUACUCCGGUUGAUUACAAGAUUCAUCGGCCGCAACCAACCAGAGCUCGAUCAGCUGGCACAAGACCGACGGCCGGGCCGGCCACCAGUCAAGCGCGAGGAAGUGCUCCGGGAGAAAAUGGAUGCAGAGAGCAAGGAGUUCGAGAGCGGCUUUUGGAUGCCGGACAUGGGCGAUGGGGAGAAUCUCAAAAAGCUGGCGGCGUGGAACAGGGAGUGGUCGUCUAUGAGCACGUUGGGAUUUAUUAGGGUUGCGAGGGACGGGGGACGGCAGAGGUCUAUAUUUCCGCCGAAGGGGCUUUCGUGA